UGAGAAGUCAGCCAGGCUAUUCAAGAGCUGAUUUGCUUUUGGCAUAUGCUGUUGCAGUAGCAGCUGCUUUAAGUGUUUCAAAUCCCUUCAUUAUGCAGUAUGAGGCAGUUAGCGGCACAUCAGACACUAAGGAUCAAGAAGAGAAGAAAGACGAAAAGCCAGACACUGACAAAAUGAAAGACAAAAUGGAAAAACAGCUCCGGAAAAAGGAAAAAGCCACAGCUAGAGAUGCCCGUUCAAGGUUCUGCAAUCCAAGUAGUGAUGCAUUGACUGUCGCACAUGCUUUGCAACUCUUUGAGCUUGCCGAUGACCGUUCCUCAUUUUGCAAGACCAGCGCACUGCACUUCAAAACUAUGGAGGAGAUGUCUAAAUUAAGGAAGCAAUUGCUGCAACUGGUGUUCUACCAAAGUAAAGUAUGCGAAGAGUUCUCUUGGAGACAUGGGAGGAUCGAUGAUGUUGAGCUCUCAUGGCGGAAGUAUCCUGAAAAGCAACCUCUGCUGAUGAAUGAAGAGAAGGUGUUGGGGCAGGCUAUCUGUGCUGGCUGGGCCGAUCGGGUUGCCAAGCGUAUUCGAGCAGUUUCAAACUCAUUUGAUAAAGAUCAGAAAGUACGUGCUCCUCGGUACGAAUCAUGUGCCUUGAAGGAUACUGUCUUUCUCCACCGAUGGUCCUCUACUUCUCAAUCAGCACCGGAGUUUGUUGUCUAUACUGAACUCCUCUGCAGUAAACGGCCAUACAUGCAUGGAGUGACUGCUGUGAAUGCUGAUUGGCUCGUCAAAUAUGCUAGCCCGCUUUGCAACUUUUCAGCGCCUCUGACAGAUCCAAAACCAUAUUAUGAUCCUCAGAUUGAUCAGGUAUUAUGUUGGGUGAGUCCUACAUUCGGGCCGCAUAACUGGCAGCUCCCUUUGCAUAGUUUACCAAUCAAGAAUGACGCCCUUCGGGUAUCUGUUUUUGCUUUGGCUUUACUUGAAGGCAAUGUGUUGCCUUGCCUGAAACCUGCCCAGAAGUUCUUAGCCGCAUCGCCGUCAAUCAUUUUAAGACCGGGAGCUUUGAGUCAGAGAAGAGUUGGAGAUUUGCUAAACCGAUUGAGGAUCAGAUCGAGAACGAUCGAUAGCCGCGCAAUGUUGCGGGAAAUAUGGAGUGAAAACCCUCAGUUUUUGCAUGCAGAAAUCCAGCAAUGGUUCCAAGAGAAAUUUCAUGACUGUUUUGCUGAAAUUUGGGAAAAGAUGCUUGAAGAGAUCAAGUUGGAAUGCCAUGAACUCUUUCUCAAAAACAUAAAGAAAGACAAGAAGAUAAAGAAACACUGAAAUCUAAUGUUUCCAAUGGAGGCCAAGGCAGUGGAAGAGGUGGAGAACGCUGCUGGUGGCGCAGAGGGGGAGGCCGAGUCGAAAUCGUCAUCGGAAUCCUCGGCCAGAGGAUUAUCUAACGGUCAUAGCAUUGCCAUUGGCGCACAGACCAUUGUUUCCUGGAUUUUACAUGCCAAUGUAUGUGAAGGAUAAGCCAUAUGAUAAAGACGAUGAUGACAUAAAGGCAACCUCCUUUGUAGUGAUAACAACAUUAAGGGAUGUUCUGAAGACUAGUUCGCUGUGGAGAGAUCAUGUUCAAACUUAUACUCAGCAUAUUGGUGAUUUCAACUUCCAAGGCUAGCUGACUUUGGGGCUGCUAUUUCUGGGGCUAACAAGUUGCUUUGCCAGCAAGCGCUUGAAGAAUUAGUUGUUUACAAGCAGUUGAAGUUGACUCUAGAAUUGGAAUCUAUUGUGAAAGCUAUUGACGAAAAAAAAAAAGUGGUGAGCGAAGGCGCUAUCUAUCUGUUAAAUGAGCAACUUCAAGCAAUAAAAAAGCAAAGUUCUUAGCCGCGUCGUCUUCCAUUAUUUUAAGACCAGAAGCUUUGAGUCAGAGAAGAGUCGGAGAUUUGCUAAACCGAUUGAAGAUUGUAUCAAGAACGAUCGAUAGAUAGCUGUGCUAUGUUGCGGGAAAUAUGGAGUGAAAAACUACAGUUAUUGUAUGCAGAAAUCCAACAAUGGUUUCAACUGUUUCAAGAGAAAUUUCAUGACUGUUUCGCUGAAAUUUGGGCAAAGAUGCUUGAAGAGGUCAAAAUAAAGAAAGAUAAGAAGAAGAUUUAUAAGAAACAAUGAAAUCUUAUGUUUCUUUGUUGAUUCUGUGAACAUUAUCCUUGUGUUAUGUUUUCUUGUACCCUUAAUUCCAUAUGAUAUGAUUAGAGCUACACAUAUAAUUUCUUUUA